AUGCUGAAAUUGGUAGGGAAAUAUGAAGGAGGAAAGGUGGAUGCUACUUUUUCAUUCAAAGAUGAUGAUUUUGUUAAAGUUGCCACUGGGAAGAUGAAUCCUCAGAUUGCUUUCAUAAGGUUCUCUUUCUUACUUCUCAAUCCUCCAAUGUUAGGUCUUACUGGUCAUGUUCCAACAUUCAUUGACUAUAUGGGUGCAAUGAAGAUGAAGGGGAGUCUCAGUGCUGCACAGAAAUUCACUCCUGACAUUUUCCCAAAGCCUUCAAAGUUGUGA